GAUGUUAAAUAUUAGUUCAGUUCAGUUAAAAAUUAGAAUACAGACAAUUUAAUGUUAGCAACCUAGGCUAGGCUAAUUUAGGCCGAGCAGCUUCAACGUUAACGAUACGGCUCCAAUUGGAUACUGAGAUUGCACAGAUAAUCAUUUUAGUCCACUGGAGUCAUCACUAGGGGCGUCCCACGUCGAGUAUUCACAACAUUCGAUUCAAAUUCGGCAGGAUUUAUUGAAUUACGGUCGGACUGGCCAGAGCCUUCUGUUCAAACUGUUAUCGGUUUGGUGACCGGAAGCAAAAGCGAAAAAGAACGGAUUCUAAUGAUUCAGUAUAUUAAAAAGAACUACGUGUCCAUUACAAAGUACAACUUGAGAAAAAAAAUGGUGACAUUUAUUAUGAAGGGGUCACCUGGAAGUCGUCCAACCGGAACAAGCAUGCAGAGAAAGUUCAUUGGAUAACUGUAUUGUAGUAAUGCCUAACUCGGUAGUUCAAAGAAAAACUAAAGGGUGACUUAGAUAUGUCUGCAGUUUUAGCGAGGCUUCUCUUUUACCCUACAUUAGCGUACAAUGUCCUCGUCGAGAAGGUGUCGUCGCGAAGGUGGUUUGACCGUGUGGACGAGACGGUUCUGCUUGGAGCGCUGCCCUUCAGAUCCAUGACCAAACAGCUGGUAGAAACUGAAAAUGUCCGAGGAUUAAUCACAAUGAAUGAGAACUAUGAGACCAAAUACUUCUGCAACUCAGCUGAUGAGUGGGAAGCUGCCGGGGUCGAGCAACUGAGGCUGAGCACAGUGGACCUCACUGGUGUUCCCAGUUUAAAGAACCUGCACAGAGGAGUCGAGUUCGCGCUGAAACACAGAGAGAAGGGAAACAGCGUUUAUGUCCACUGCAAGGCUGGACGCUCCCGGAGUGCUACGCUGGCUGCUGCAUACCUCAUACGGGUAUACUGUUGGACCCCUGAGGAAUCUUGUCAGAAACUGGCGUCUGUCAGGCCACACAUCCUGGUGCAUAAUUCCCAGCUCGAGAUGCUGAGGAAGUACCACCUGCAGGUGUGCACACAGUCCCAAUAGGAGUGGAGCAUGGAGUAUGGACACCAUUUUGCAUAUACGUACAACUGGACAGAUGGACUUGCCACACGUGAACUUGGUUUAAUUUGUACCAUUUUGUACAUUCUAUGGCAAAAUAGCAGUGCUCAUUGUACAUUUUAGGUUUUUAAAUCAGCGUUUUCAAAAUUUUUCUGGCUUGUUUGCAUGCUUUUGUUUUUAAAUCAAUACUAUACAACCACUGGUUUUCUGUUUGCUGUCUGAACAAAUGUAUUUUUUAUUGAAGAGAGACUAAUACUGUCAAUCAAACUGGUUCUGAACAUGUAAACCUUUUAAAAUAAGUGAAUUCCAAAUAUAUUUUAUUUAAUUUACAGACACCCAAUGCAGUGCAAUGUUUUUUUUUUCCUAUUUACUGUUCAAUGUAGUGUAAAAUACUGACAUUUGGCAAUAAAAUAUUUAAAUGCU